AUGUCCAAGGCCAAGAAGUUUGACCAAAUCGAGUUCUCGCGCCUCGGCGACCUGGUACCCAUCGAUGUACCCGGGGACAUGGACGAAAUGACAUACGUUGCCAAUGCGAGUAACUUCCGUCGCGCCCUCCUCAACACGUUUGGAAGGCCCGACUGGAAUGCGUCCGAGAUGAUUGCGGCCAAAGAAGACACUUGUUUAACGUACCGCGGGUACGUUCAGUUUCUGCAGACCGACUUGAUGAAUGUCUAUCCGGUUGGGGAUAAGCGUAGCAAGACAAAAUUCAGGAAUGGGGUUGGGACAAUCGCUAAGCAGAUGUUGGGGGGCGGUGAUGCCUUUUCCCGCGCUGUUAAUGAGAGGUUCGGGGACCACCCCCUUCCCACCGAAUCCAGGUUCAAGACGCCUUGGCACUGCGCUGUCGCAUUUUGUAUGGACGGGACCCUUUUGUCCGGUCACCGCUCCGAGUUCGACUCCAACCCGAACUUCGAGCUGGUGUACGAGCAUGGUCACCGCCGAACCCAUGUACCCUGUGGCCUCAUGAUCCGGCCUGUCUUGUCAGCGACAGGAUCCAAGCGACCCAGCAUAGAAACCAUCGACGCGCAAAAGGUCCGCACCCUGUCCGAACACAACUCGCUCGUGAUGCUGCGCGGGUUUUACGGCACCACAGACCGAGACCGUUUCGUGUCCAAAGCAACUGAAUUCGGCACGCCACUUCCGCGGAAAUUCGGGCUUGUCCUAGAAGUUAAAGACCGUGGAGCCGAUCAGCGAGACUUCAACGGUACGUUUUCGGCGGAAGGGAUGCCGUUCCACUACGAUGGCGUCUUCAAGACGGAGAAACGACCCCGUGGUGAUGGCCAAGGCGAGGAGUUGGUCCAGUUCUUCACUGCCGUUACGCCGUCGCCGAACAAUACAGGUUUCACACUGUUCUCGCCAUCGUCACGGAUAUGGCCUCUGCUACCCUGCGGACCACCGCUGAGCCAGCUUCAAAAGCUGACGUGGUUGGUGGAGACGAAAUCGUUUGACGGGGCGAAGCUCAAUGGGCUGCCGCUUGUGAUCCCGCAUCCCACCAUAGGGACGCCAUGUCUGCGGUAUCACGAGCCAUGGCCGCAGUUCAAAACGGCGUUUGAGUCGAUUUUGGUCGAGAUUGAGGGAAUCUCACGAGAAAGCGGCGCCAUCAUCUGCGCCACGCUUGACUCGCUGCUGUACGAUCGGAGGGUGUGCUACUGGCAUUCAUGGGAAAAGGGAGAUGUGCUUGUCAGUGAUAAUAUAGCCUCUUUGCACACCCGAAGCAGUUUCACGGCGGGAGCUGACCGGGAGCUUUGGCGCAUCCACCUUGACUAG